CAGUAAAUGACCGUCCCAAACGGGACAAGCGCAUUCUUAGUCAUGAGGAGCAAGGCUCGAAGUCGCCGAGGCAUCUUUUUCUUAUCUUAUCGUUCAAAUUCUAGUUGCCUCGGGGUCUCGCGCUUGACGGAGUACUCCGGACAACCUCGCCUACUUACAAACGGUGUGUGUUAUCCUUUACUCAUUCUCUAUCAGAAGACGAUACCUUGAGAAGGAUGGUUGACCCAGGCGAGAGCCCGAAGGGAAAUCUGUCGUCAUCCAAUCCCUCUACGCCGGUUAUGCGCCGUACCCGAGUCGCUUGUAAGGCUUGUAACGCCAGGCGAGUGAAAUGUGACGCGGCUGAUGGGCAGCCCUGCUGGCAUUGCCGCAUUCGGCAGACGCCUUGCGAAUUGAUUGACUCAAAACGAGGCAAGUACGCUCGGAAGCGGCACGCCCGAGCUCAAGAUGUACAUGGCUCCGGACGGUCACAGGAAACCAGGGAUUCAUCUGCCGGUGGGUUGACCCAGAUGGCCCCGGCAGUGAUGGCCCCUGAUGCUACCCACAAAACUAUUCAGUCGGGCCAGACCGAUAGCAUCCACAGACCAACCGCACUAGGAGGAAAUGAUCGGGGCAGUGGCAUUGAGAUACAUCGCGCGGGAAUAGCCGAGAUUAAUGGUAUAGAGCGCCCCAAGAACGGUCAAGAACAGUCACAUCAUCGUACACAGCAGUUGGGAGAGUCGGUGGGUUUGUCGUACGUCGUCGAGGUUGUCUAUAGUCCCAAAGACGGUUCAACCGAGCCCUUGAAAGUGCAUUACCCGAUCCCAGCUUCUAUUGCAGAUCGACCAGAUGCGAACCAGGCACCACAUGUUGGAGAGCCUGUCUCAUUGCAGGAGGCUUUCACGAUGCCGUCUCCCGACGUAGCUGACCAGCUCGUUCAAGCUUUUUUCCAUAAGCUCCACCCGGCUUAUCCAGUGUUUGAUCGGCAAAAGUUCACACGGCAGUACCGCCAGGGCCAAGCCUCUCCACUUGUUCUGCAGACUAUCUUCUUCCUGGGAUUUACGGUUGGCAGUGACGAACUAGUCCAUGCAGCUGGUUAUAGUGACCGUGCCACCGCAAGGAAAACACACUACCUUCGGGCAAAGGCAUUGUAUGAUGUUGACUAUGAGAAUGAUCGAAUGAAUCUUGUGGCUGUCCUUUUGCUUUUUGGAUUUUGGUGGGCUGGCCCCGAGGAUCAGAAGGACACUUGCUUCUGGAUCGGAUGUGCGACAACUCUUGCUCAAUCAUUAGGAAUGCACCGCGCGUCGCAGUCCGCAAUGAGUCAGCCCAUGAGGUCUUUGAGGAAGCGAAUUUGGUGGGCAAUAUAUACGCGUGACCGACAUACCUCUGCGGCAUUCGGCCGACCUUGUCGCAUACGGGACGAGGACUGUGAUGUUGAGGCCCUCGAUGAGGAUGAUUUCAAAUUUGACAAUGACUAUGACCAGACCCUCAUCCCCGUCCAGACAGACUUUCAUAUCUCUUACGCCCUUGAGAUGAUAAGAUUAGCUACAAUACUUGGCGAUAUACUUAUUGGGGAAUUCAGCCCUCGUCGUGCUGCACUGGACAAAUAUGAUACAGAAGCACUGGCAGGGAGACUCGCCCAGUGGGAAUCGAAGUUGCCGGGUCACCUUCGGAAGACGACACCAGAUGGAUCAUUGGGUGCAUCGUUCUGGGCGUCCAUGCUACAAUUUAGCUACCAAAAUUGUCUCAUUCUUCUAUUCCGACCAAAGGCUAUCGAAAAUCUAUCUCCAGCAGAAGCCAAAUGUGAUGUCCGAGGACGGAUGGCGGCUGACACUAUUACCCGCCUUGCAGAGGAUCUUCUUGGUGCCGGGAUGAUCAAAGCAGGGCUAAUCCACCUCGUCCCGGCUCUGUUCUCUGCUCUCUCGGUCCACACGAUCGUCAUCUGCCGGAAAGACCCCAUACGUCGACAAUUGGCCGAGAACAAGUCGCGGCAAUGCUUACUAGCAUUGAGUGAGCUGGCCGGUAGUUGGCCAGUCAAGAUCUGGAUUGCUAAAGCAUUUUUAAACUUGUUGCGAAGGCUAACGGUGCAAGGCUCUGCCUCGAUAGUCAAUGUGUCUUCCAGCAUUGCGAACAAUCGUAGCAACGUAACACUAUCAGGCCGUUCGAGCUCAUCCGGGCUACAUCGUGCACAUAGUCCUAAGCAAACCGUAUUGGAGAGUUCCGACCGAAAUGAAACAAUGACCCGGACCGGGUACCUUAAUGGACCACAGCUUCGAGACCUUCAUCCAUCUGGAGGUUUCCCACAAGCAGCUGAUCACUUUGUAUAUAAUUCAUUCUGGGCGAGCUAUCUUGAUAAUACUUUCGACGUCGACCUACUUCUGCAUAACGGGCUAGGGCCAACGUUAGCUGGGCCCUUCGAUGGCUUGGAUGCGGCUGAGGGUGCGAAUCCUCUACAAUUUUAGACAACGAUGCUUUGACCGUUUAUUUACAGGUAUUCUUAUAUGGGUCAUUUACCACACGUAGAGUCAAAUCUUAAGGUGCCUUGGCCGCAGUUUGAGACGCUUUGUUCUCAUACGUACGGCGGAUGUGAGGAAUUCUAAUGGAAACGGCCAUAUGCAACAGUUUCUAUAACGUGAAUUGGCUUAGC